AUGGGUGAUACGAAUGGACAAGUAGUAGCUGGUGGCAAUGGCCAAGGAAAUCGAUUGGAUCAAUUGGAUCAAUUGGAUCGACCAACUGAUGUAUUGAUCGACAAAGAGACGGAUAGUCUUAUUAUUUGUGAUUCGUUGAAUGCACGAGUCGUACGAUGGUCUCGUCGUAGUGGCACAACUCAAGGAGAAAUCCUCAUCAACAACAUCGUUUGUUAUGGAUUGGCCAUGGAUGAUCAGAGAUAUCUCUACAUCUCUGACUACGACAAACAUGAAGUAAGACGAUAUCAAAUAGGAGACAAGAAUGGAACUAUUGUGGCUGGCGGCAAUGGCCAAGGUGCUGGUCUCAACCAACUCAACGAUCCGUACUAUAUCUUUGUCGAUCAACAACAGACUGUCUACGUAUCAGACAGCCUCAAUCAUCGUGUAAUGAAAUGGAAUAAAGGUGCAAAAGAAGGAAUUGUCGUCGCUGGAGGUCAAGGCUAUGGGAAUGCUCUGACACAGUUGUAUUAUCCUAAUGGACUAUUCGUCGAUACAUUGGGUACCAUCUAUGUGGCAGACUCGUCGAAUCAUCGAGUGAUGCGUUGGCCUAAAGGAGCGAAACAGGGCACUGUCAUUGUGGGUGGAAAUGGACAAGGAGAAGGGGAAAAUCAGUUCAACCAUCCCUCGGGUUUGUCCUUCGAUCGACAAGGCAAUCUCUAUGUCGUCGAUUAUUGGAAUUAUCGUGUUCAACGAUUUUCAAUCGAAUAG